AUGGACUUUCAUAAAUUGGACUACAAAUUAUUUAAACUUACAGAGGGGGAAAAUGAGCAUUUUGAAGUAAAAAAAAAUCUACUACAUAUUAUCGCACUUCCUUUAGGAAAUAGUUUCCAAAUAAUCUUUGCAGAAAUUUCUUCGCCUUUAUUGACUUAUCGCAUUGAUGAUUUGUUUUGCCAAGAAAACUGGAAUAAUAUUAGAAAAAACUGCCUAUUUCUAGUUGUCAAACUUCUUUACAAUGUAUUAGAAGUUAAAGGAAGAUUGAUAGCAAUUGCUAAUGCAAAACCAAUCAAAUAUCAAACUCCAUACUUAGGCAAUAAAAACUGUAUUCGCGAUUAUGAUCGCUGGGAAGCACUAGAAAGAGGAGAAAAACCAACUAAUUCAAACCAGCAAAUCCAGCAAUUAAAAACGGAAUUAAAUUCUCUAAAAAGUAAACUUAAUAACCUAUCAGAUACUACCCAAAAAACUCAGUUAGAGAAUAAGUUAUCCAAUUUAGAAAGCCAGAUAAAUAAUCUUUCUCAGCCAAACACAACUCUGAAAAAAUUAGAGCAGGAAGUUAAACAAAUUCAGCAAGAGUUAGGCAAAAAACCGGAUAAACCUAACUCUCCUACCGACCCCAACCAAUUACAAUUUACAGUUUUUUACUAUGUGGCAUUAGGACAAAAUCAUAUCGAACUAACUAAAAAGAACCAUAAUUACAAUAUUACUUUUUUGUCCCAAGAUGCCGAGAAAUAUCAUAACCAAGACCAGGUUUAUUAUUUCAGCGAAAAUAACCAUAAAUUUACUUUAAAGCCCGAACCAGUAGAAAGUCCAGGAAUCAAAACCGAGGUGAGAGUUAGACUUAACGGUGAGGCAGUAAAUGAGCAAGGGGAGUUUACUGAUUACGCUUUUAUCAACCUUCCCGAAAACGAAAUAAAGGUCUUUUACAUUAGCAAAAACCACCCGAGAAUUAAAGAAUUAUUAAGUGAGGGGAAAUUAAAAACAGGUAAACAUUUUAUUAUCCGUUAUGGAAAAGUGGAUAGAAAAUACGGAAAAGCCUUGUUAGCUCAAUGGUUAGAGCACCUGACUCUUAAUCAGGGGGUUGGAGGUUCGAGUCCUCCACAAGGCACCAAGAAAUUAAUAAUAUUUUAA